GGGACACGGAACACUGACGUAUCAGCAAAAACGGAAGCGUUCACCUGUUAACAAUCCAGGGCCCAAUUUUCACCUUUUGUUCUACUUAGCGAUAAUGUUACUUCGACGCUGAAAUGUUGGAUAAGAGCUGCGUUACGGAUAGCGUUAGAUAAUAGUUUUUAAUCAUUAUGAAAAGUACGAUAAAGUGUCGAACUAGCGGGGCAACAUUAGCAUUGUUGUUGCUAUGAGCUAACAAUCAAUUUAGGCAGCUUACGUUACGUCCUUUUACUUACCUACUGAGGGAUACCAGAAGUAAAAGUUGCUGAGCUUUACACCUUUCCUCUGGGUAAUUUCAAGUUCAAUACAGAAGAAGGAGGAUGGAAGAGAUAAAAACCGAGCCUGUGGAUUUUGUGAAGGAAUUUCAAGAAUACCUGACACAACAAACUCAGCAUGUCAACAUGAUUUCAGGCUCUGUUUGCGGAGAAAAGGAAUCUGGGGAGCCCUAUCAAGCCGUUGCCCCCAGGAGUGAGCAGAAUGGUCUGGACCCUCCCUCUGUGGAGGUGAGCCUACCUAUAGAGGAUGGGUCAGAUGUUCAGAUGGACGGCCUUGAGAGGACCUGCGAUGGGAAGUACAAAUGCAGCUACUGCAGCUAUGCAAACAAAGGCAUGGCUCGCCUAAUAGAGCACAUCCGCAUCCACACAGGAGAAAAGCCUCAUCGCUGCCAGCUGUGCCCGUUUGCUUCAGCGUACGAGCGCCACUUGGAAGCCCACAUGCGCUCGCACACAGGCGAGAAGCCCUACAAAUGUGAUCUCUGCGCCUUCUGCUGUAGCGACCGCAGCAACCUGUCUCAUCACCGCCGCCGCCGUCACAAGCUCCUACCUACGAGGGCCGUCCGCUCUCCGUUCACCAAUAAGAGAAUGCUGAGCUCCCUGCAGAAGAGGACAGGCUCACCGGGCUUCGGCAGGCGACUACUCAUCAACUUAAACUCUCACUCCAUGGCGAUGCCAAAAUCAGAUUAUCUGAAUAACUUGUCACAAAAGAUCCACCACAAUUUGAAUAGCAGUGAGUAUAAAAACUUUCAAAAGGUGGAUGACAAUGACAGUCUCAACAGAAGUGCUAAUGGUUUCACGUUUACUAACCCACUGGACCAAUUGUCCACACUUGCCGGCCAGUUAGCAGACCUCCAUCCUCGUGCAUCCCCAGAUAGGGAGUCCUUUAAAGACGAGAAGCCCAUCCUCAUACACCAGGUCUCCAGUGAACAUGUAGCAAUGUGUUCAAAUCAAGUGCAGACUUCGCCUCCUAAAAAUGAAUCUCCCACGUUAGGCUGCAGGAGUUGCAGUCCUGUUCCUGGCCUCGGCUUUGACAACAGCAUGAACACUCUUACUGCGAGUGUUAGCAGCCAGCCGAGCUCACCCCCCCCUGCCCUGACCACACAGGACCAACUGCUGUUGAAUAAAUGCGAGCACUGUGAUAUUCACUUUCAGGAUAAUAUCCUCUACACCAUUCACAUGGGCUGCCAUGGCUACGAGCACCCAUUCCAGUGUAACAUCUGUGGGCACAUGUGCACAGACAAAUAUGAUUUUUCAUGCCAUUUUGCCCGUGGACAACAUAAAAAGUGAUUGCUAUCAACAUUCAUGCAUAAUGGAGUCUUAAAUCCUUAUGUAUUGUAUUGCAUAUACACCGAUCAGCCAUAACAUUAUGACCAGCUGCUUAAUAUUGUGUAGGUCCCCUUUUUGCAGCAAAUGAGCCUUUGCCGCCCAUGAUCCUGUCGCUGGUUCACCGCUUUUCCUUCCUUUGCCACUUUUGGUAGGUACUGACCACUGCAGACCGGGAACCACCCUCAAGAGCUGCUGUUUUGGAGAUGCUCUGACUCACAAUUUGUCCCUUGUCAAAGUCGCUCACAUCCUUAAGCUUGCCCAUUUUUCCUGCUUCCAACACAUCAUCUUUGAGGACAAAGUGUUCACUUGCUGCCUAACAUAUCCCACCCACUGACAGGUGCCAUUCUAACAAGAUGAUCACUGUUCUACGCUUCAGCUGUGACCAUAAUGUUAUGGCUGAUACGGUGUACAAGGGGACUGAAUUAAUUUUUUUUCUUCUUAUGUACAGUUUUACAAUUCCCUUUUCAUCUUAUACUAACUAUAUUGUUGCCUUACUGCAGUUCUACCCUGCUUCAAGCUUUUCAUAUUGGUUUUGAAUGAAAACAUAGUACGGGUAGACACAACAACAGUAACAUCUUGCUACGGCUUGACAGUAAAAACACAUUGAGGCUCACUAAAUCGUCUUUUCAACUCAUCCUACAGUCAGUAUAAGUAAGGGCAUUGUGAACACUCUCCUUCUGUGCCAUUGCAGCUGUUUGUGUUUGAUAUAUUAUCCUUUUUCCAACGCUUAUUUCUCUGCAGUGAAUUACCUGAAUUUCGCUAAAAAAAAAAUCUAAAUUACACAGGAAGUUAUAUAUGAGACAUUUGAUAUGAAACCAACAGUAUUUAUCAUAAAUGUUACGAGUUUAUCCACAGUUUGCUAUUCAUCAUGGUGCUUCUUAUCUAAUGAGUCAUUUUUAUACACCAAAGUUUUCACGUUUAAACUGGCUGGAAAUAUUUCACUGUGAGAAACUGAAGUGAGACAAACUGAACAAAUAAUAGUCUGAUUUUCUGUUCAAAACCCACAUUUGUUUCUGCUUUCUGUUCUGAUAUUAUUUAUUCAUUUUUAUUUUCUAUUAUUGUCAUGUAUGUACAGUACACAGUGUAACACACACAAAAUGUAACCUCUGCAUUUAACCCAUCCUAGUACUAGGAGCAGUGGCCAGCUAUUGUACAGCGCCUGGGUAGCAGGGGUGGGGGGUCUGGUGCCUUGCUUAAGGGCACUUUGGCAGUCACCAGGAGGUGUACUGGCACCUUUCCCUUUCGGGGACGUGAACCAGAGACCCUUCGGUUCAAAGACCAAACCCCUACAGGCAAGAUAUUUAUACCUCAUUUAACAGACUCCAGCCAUAUCAGGAAGACUUUAGAUAGAUUUCAACAUGCCUUUUCCUUUUUUGUUACUAAUUUAUUCCCACAAAACAAUUUAAGAGUUAUUUUGUAGUUUUUUGGAAGACAUUUUUAGGCCAAAUCAAAUUUCCCUGUAGCUGCUGUGUGUAGUAGAUGUUAAGACACUGUUGAGGUUUUUGUGACUCUAAGAUAUAAUGUGAAGUAAUAUUAAUUUCUAUUUCAAUAAAGAGCGUUUUAACUGUGUAGAUCUUGGUCUAAAGUUAAGACGGGGUAACUUAUUUGUUUGUGAUUAUCUUAGUAUGAACAGAAAGUUCAAAUCUGAGAUCAAUGGUUUUUUAUCUCUUUAUAUAAGUAGAGAAAUUGUAUAUUGACCUCAUAUUUCAGUGAUGUGUAGAUGGGUUGUACAUAAGUUUUGAAGGAAGAUUAAUUAAAAAAAUAUAUAUAUAUAUAUAUAUAUAUAUAUAUAUUACUCUGAAAAAUGAAUACAUUUUCUUUGUUUGACUUAGUGCCACAAUCACCAGCAAAAGUACAUUUUAUUAACAAUUAAAUAAUUACAGUGUCUUGCAUUUACUUGUGACUUUUGAAGCGAUUAAAUCUGCCUUUGUCAAAAAUUCAA